CGACACACAACACAACACACAACACAAAACACACAGUGCUCGGUGCUCCGGACUGACGGGGACGGGGCGCGCGAUGCGCCUGUGUGUGUGUGCGUGCGUUCGUGCGUGUGACGCGCGCGGUGGCGUCGGAAAGCGGUCGUAUAAAUAAACGGCGAGCCUCGCGAACGAUCAGCACUCGCGGGGCCCGUCACGACGGUCUCGGUCGGUUGGACUCUCGCAUCCGGAGUUGACACACAAGGCGGCUGCUGCUACUGCUGCUGCUGCUGCUGCGGCGUUGCUCCCUUCCCCCGUCCGCCCCGCGCCCUUCGGCCGCGGUGUCCUUCGGCCGAAGAUGUCAUCGCCUACACAAGUGAUUAAAAGCGUCGGGCCGAAAUUGGUACCGUUCUUCAAAAGCGUGUCCGUAUAUUUUGUAUUACUCGCUGAACAGCCAUCUCUGCUGACGGCGAGUCUCAAAUGUUUACCGAUAAUAAGUCUCAUUAUUUUCGUCCUGUUACAUGGGAUUAGUUUGUCGAAAGAAUAUGCCUUCUCCAGGCGUAUAUUAACGGGAUUAGUGUUUAGUUGCUUAGGUGACGCACUGUUAGUGUGGCCUAAUUGCUUCGCCGCGGGGAUGUGUAUGUUCGCUGUUGCGCAAAUCAUGUAUAUAUUUGCAUUCGGAUUCAAACCCCUCAAUUUGACACUCGGGGCGGUACUGUACAUGUCCUGUUCAGUUGUUAUAUACACUUUGAUGCCUGGAUUGAACGGAGUUUUAGCAAUAGGAGUGCCAAUUUAUACAGUAUUACUUACCACUAUGGCGUGGAGGGCCAUAUCUAGAGUACAAUUCUUCGGGGAGUGGACGUGGACUAAGUUGUGCAGUUGCAUCGGAAGCAUUUGCUUCGUCAUAUCUGACACUUUGCUCGGGUUUCAUUAUUUCCAUAGUCCAUUACCUUAUUCUCAGGUAUCCAUUAUGUUGACAUACUAUGCAGCACAAUUAGGUAUAGCAUUGAGUGCAGUAGAUUCGAAAAACAACAGUACCAGUAAUACUGAUAACAGAGUACCUGCCAGCAAAGGCUGAAACAAUUAUUCUUUAUUGUUUAUCUGGGUGAACUUAUCUGCAGAUGCUAAACGGAUACGAAGGGGAGAUCUUUUUACACGUCUGCUUUAAACUGUAUGCAAUUCCAGUAGGAAAUCAUUGUGAUAAUCAUCUUUGACAUAUUGAAUAUUUCAAAGCCAUAUUAUUGACUAAGGGGACUCUCGGAAGAGAGUUUUGGUGAUAGGAUGUUGUACCUACGAUUGUAGAGAUAGGUUUAUAUUUCUUUUUUUCUUUUUGUAUUAUUAAUGCAAUGCAAAGAAGUGUCCUAUUAGAGAAUUCAUACUAGCCACACAUUUGUGGUCUCCUAUUUUUUGUAUAUGUAUAAGAAAGGUUUAAAAAUUUAUAUUAUUAAGCAUAGAUAUACUAGAAUGUUCUUAAAAAGUUUUCAAAUAUUUCGUAACGGAAAUUUAAUUCGUCAUUUUUAUUAAGGAAAAAGAUUAUAUUAUAUAUUAUAUAUUGCCUCCGAAGAUCAUUUCUCAAACGUAAAAAGAAGAUAUAUUGUUAGCGUUAAGCGUUUCUUAAGAAAAAACCUACAUUUAAAAUUACGUGAAAUUGAUUAUUUUUCAUAUAUAUUUGGGCCAAAAUGCAACAGCUUGCCGGCGACAUAUCGCAAAUGGCGAAUAUAUUAAAUCAUACUUUUAUAAAGAAUGUUAUUGUUGUAUAUAUACGUUAUGUAACAUCUAUAAUCUAUACUUGUUGUCAGUGUUAUCAUCCUUCGAUGUAAAUUAUCAUCUUACAGAGAACAAGUUGCAAUAUUAUAUUAGCUGUAAAUUGUAUUAUACAGAUAUCUCUUAGGCGUCAAUCUAUAUUAGGCGUUACUGUAUACAUCAUGUUACACACGAUAUGUUAUGUCUUUGUUAUAACAUGAAUCGUUAACACUGCCAUUUUCGUUGGCAAAAUAAAAACUAAACGAUUAGUUUAAAACAGAUACAACUGAAUGUCUCGUUAAAUUAAAUUUUCCAAUAUUUUCAUAGUGCAAAUAUAUUUAUAAAUAUAGAUAUAAAAUUACGAAUGUUUAUCAAUUAAAUUUUGAAAUAGAACGUUCUUCGAUUUAAUCAGG